AGGGUCCCCCGCACAAAGGAGAACAAAUGGGAGGAAUAGCCAAUUGGGGGACCACUGUUUUCCUAGGGCGCUCACCUUCUGCAAACCAAACAGUCUGGCCAAAAGGAGAUACCAAGUAACUGACCCGCGGCCAAGAAAGGUAAUGCGGGGCGGGACCUGCUGUCCGAGCUGCGCCAGGACAAGUACAGCGCGUCCCAGCCCUGGCUCCAGACUACAGCUCCCGGCAUGCUCCGUGCCUGGUACCCGCCCGGGGAGCGCGGAGGGAAGGAUGCAGACACCGCGGCCGGCGAUGAGGAUGGAGGCCGGGGAGGCAGCGCCACCGGCGGGGGCGGGCGGCCGCGCCGGGGGCGGCUGGGGCAAGUGGGUGCGGCUGAACGUGGGGGGCACGGUGUUCCUGACCACCCGCCAGACGCUGUGCCGGGAGCAGAAGUCCUUCCUUAGCCGCCUGUGUCAGGGCGAAGAGCUUCAGUCCGACAGGGAUGAGACCGGGGCCUACCUCAUUGACCGUGACCCCACCUACUUCGGGCCCAUAUUGAACUUCCUCAGGCAUGGUAAACUGGUGCUGGACAAGGACAUGGCUGAGGAGGGGGUCCUGGAGGAAGCUGAGUUCUACAACAUCGGCCCUCUGAUCCGAAUCAUCAAGGACAGGAUGGAGGAGAAAGACUACACAGUGACCCAGGUGCCACCCAAGCACGUGUACCGAGUGCUACAGUGCCAGGAGGAGGAGCUGACACAGAUGGUCUCUACCAUGUCUGAUGGCUGGCGCUUUGAGCAGCUGGUGAACAUCGGUUCCUCCUACAACUAUGGCAGUGAGGACCAGGCCGAGUUCUUGUGUGUGGUGUCUAAGGAGCUCCACAGCUCCCCACAUGGCGUAAGCUCAGAAUCCAGCCGUAAAACCAAGAGCACGGACGAGCAGCUGGAGGAGCAGCGGCGGCAGGAGGUGGAGGAGGUGGAGGUGGCCCAGGUGCAGGUGGAGGCGGAUGCCCAGGAGAAAGCCCUGUCAUCUCAGGAUCCCGCUAACCUUUUCUCCCUCCCACCACCGCCUCCUCCUCCUCCGCUUCCUGCUGGAGGUCCUGCUUCAUCUUCAUCCACCUCCUCUUCCUCCUGGAUUUCAUCUGCACCCUGCCUCUUCCCUCUCUGCCCCUGCCCAGGUCCCUGUCCGCACCCUCCCAGACCCAAGCCUGAGCUUGCCGUGAGAGCUCCUCGGUCCCGCGCCCGCCCCCAGAGCUGCCGCCCCUGCUAUUACAAGCCAGAGGCACCCGGAUGUGAGCCCCCAGAUCACCUCCAGGGACUUGGGGUUCCGAUCUGAAAUCCUUUAUUUUUGUACCACGGGGUGGGCCCCUGGCCCGAGGAGGAAGACUUGCCCUGUCCCUUGUUACUGCUGCCUGCAUCUGCUGGGCUGAGACUCACUCCUGCCUCCAGGCCCGGGCCUAUGGCCCUCUGGGACCUUGGAAGGCCUGAGGUGGGCCCUGGAGUCUCCAGGCGGAGUCACCUGUCAUGGCCAAAGUGUGGCAGUGCCCACCCAUAUCUCCCAGGCCCCUCUGUCCCCUCGCCUGGGUCCCCUUGCUGCAUGGCGGAUACACUCCCUCCCAGCCCGGUCCUAGCACCUCCUUGAGCCUCAGUCUCCAUGGCACCAUAGGGUCACCCCUCCUCCUACCUACCUCACAGGGUUGUUGUGAGAAUCAGGGAAGGAUCAUGGGGUUCCUGGAUGCCCUAAGUGUGUGGGCUGCAAUCAUUACCUUCUGGGGGGGGGGUGAGAACUCUAGCUUAUCCCUCAAAUGGGACACUGUGGCCUCAGAUGCUGGUGGGGGACAGUGCGAGGACUUAGCCAAGCAGGAAGGAAGGUCUUGGCAUCACCUUGGCUGCCCUCCCAUCCCCUGUGCCAGCAUGUGUUGGGCAGCAGAGUGAACUGGCAAUCAUGAGGCUGCCCAGGAACUUGUGAUGGGGAAGGGGACAGGUGUGACAGGGGCUGAGCUGCCCCUCCUGUGUCUUGACCCCCUGGGGUGGGCACACAUCUGUCAGGUGUAUCCCACCCACCGUGAAAUAAACCUGAACAAACAGG